AUGUCGGGGCCAGGACAGAGGGAGUCCUGCAGGUUCACACUGCGGUGCUUUUGCGACUCUUGGGUGUGUAUAGACCUUCAGAACUGCAGCCUAGCUAGCCGCGUGUUUAUUGCAGGAAGUUUGGAAUGGACUGUCAUCCACAUGGUGUGGACAGUGCCCCUGACUUCAGACUCAAUGCAAUUGUGGCCUGAGCAGUGAAGUGCAAAAGCCGCUUUUGGGAGUGGGGGUGUCACAGAAGUGUAACAGAGAGUGUCUGGUUACAGGAAGUGUCGCAGAUGGGCCCAGAGCAUUGAAGGGUGACUGAAGUUUCACUCUAAAUUAGGUGCUGGUGCUUCUGAGUGGCCUUACCUUUCCUUUUCCAGUUUCUUCAGAGCCAGUGCAGUGGGUCCUCUUAUGAACUGGGUUUAAAGUCGCUGUUAAAUUAGCAGGGGAUGCAGGGAGGCCGUCGCUGGGGUACUGUUUGGAAAUGGAUGGUUUAAGCAGGGUGUCAAUAGAAGUUGUGCUUGUUAGCAUAUAGUUGUGUCUGCCACAUACUCUGGGGGUCCUCUUGGUGGAGCCCGUCCUUCUGUCUGACAGCCCACCCCCACCUAGGUGUUGGCUUCCACCUACGCAUUCUGUUUUUAACUCAGAAACUGCAAGGAACAUAGCGCACCUGAGAGUCAGUGAGGCCUUGAGGCAGAAUAAAGCAUCCUGAUGGUCUCUCUGUGGCUCUCUGUGGUCUCUGUGGCUCAGGCUCCACCUUCACUCACUGUCCUGCGAUGGGGACAUUGUUGUACUUGAGCACCAAUCCAUUAGCUGAUUGUGGCCAGCAAAGGAGAGGGAGCAGUUUGCUUUGGUGGAUUGAGAAAUGAUUUAAUAAAUUCUAUGCUAAAAGGUCUGUUUGAAGAAGUUUUCUCCUUUUGUUUUUGUAAGUCAUUUGGUGUUGCACAGUGGGAGAAAAUCUGCCAUCUUAAAAGUUGUUUUUUGGGGGCUGGGGAUUUAGCUCAGCGGCAUAAGCACCUGCCUUGCAAGCAGGUGGUCAUGAGUUCAAUCCCCGGUACCAAUAAAAAGAGAGAAAAAAAAAAAAGUUGUUUUUUUUUUAAAAGGCAUUGCUGAUUUUACCAACCUUCAGUGUUGGGCUAGAAAAAUCUAUUGUGAGCCCUGGUAGUGCUUCUCAGAGAAUGCUAAUGAAAGGGAGUUUUCCCAAGGCUGUGUUGAGGCUGGCUCAAGCCUUGGCAUCCCCCAUGCCUGACUGCUGGACUCCCAGCAUUGCUAGACCCCAGCAUUACUGGGUUCCGUGGUGCACCAGUCAGGGAAACUUCAACCUGUCCUUCUCCAAGCCCAAGCCUGUUUAAUUAAGGAACCUGGCAGCUUGCAGGGAUCAGAGGAGAACAAGAGCCCCCGGACAGUUUCUCUUUCUUCUCUGACCUUUGGAAUUCUGGAGUGGUUGCCACUUGCUUGUAAAUCAGGAAAGCCUGUUGGACCUCUCCUUUGAGAAAUGCCAGCUCAUCGUUUGUUUGCAUUUGGCCCGAGGCUAAAUGCAGGUGAAGGGCCUCAGUGCUCCCCUGAGAUAAGGCUGCUCCCUGGGAGAAGCCAAGGGGAUGUGCUGAAAGUGGAAACUUGUGACUCACGCUGGCCUGACUGUCCAGGUCCGGCACAAGAAGGGAACCGGAGGAGAGGACACAUGGCCUGUGGAUCCAGGAGAGCGGAGAGAGAGAUCCCAGGCCUACCAACCAGCGCAUCAAUAAGCAUGUCAACAACGAUGUGAACCUUCGCAUUCAGAACCUGACCAUCCUGGUGCGGAACAUUAAGACCUAUUACCAGGAAGUCCUCCAGCAGCUGAUCGUAAUGAAUUUGCCCAAUGUUUUGAUGAUUGGCAAAGACCCACUGUCUGGGAAGAGCAUGGAAGAGAUUAAGAAGGUGCUGCUGCUGGUGCUGGGUUGUGCUGUCCAGUGUGAGAGGAAAGAGGAGUUCAUUGAAAGAAUCAAACAGCUGGACAUUGAGACCCAGGCGGGCAUCGUGGCUCACAUCCAGGAGGUGACCCACAACCAGGAGAACGUGUUCGACCUGCAGUGGCUGGAGCUUCCAGACGUGGCCCCGGAGGAGCUGGAGGCCCUGUCCCGGAGCAUGGUGUUCCACCUCCGCAGGCUCAUCGAUGAGCGGGAUGAGUGCACUGAGCUGAUCGUGGACCUGACGCAGGAGCGGGACUACCUGCAGGCGCAGCACCCACCCAGCCCUGUCAAGUCCUCCAGCAGCAACUCCACGCCUAGCCCCACCAGCAGCCUCUCCAGUGAGGACAAGCAGCAUUUGGCGGUGGAGCUGGCCGACACCAAGGCCAGGCUGCGGCGUGUCAGGCAGGACCUGGAGGAGAAGACAGAGCAGCUCGUGGACACCAGGCACGAGGUGGACCAGCUCGUGCUGGAACUCCAGAAGGUCAAGCAGGAGAACAUCCAGCUGGCAGCCGAUGCCCGGUCUGCCCGUGCCUACCGGGACGAGCUGGACUCCCUACGGGAGAAGGCAAACCGUGUGGAGAGGCUGGAGAUGGAGCUGGUUCGCUGCAAGGAGAAACUGCAUGAUGUGGACUUCUACAAGGCCCGCAUGGAGGAGCUGAGAGAAGACAACAUCAUCUUAAUUGAAACCAAGGCCAUGCUGGAGGAGCAGCUGACCGCUGCCCGGGCUCGAGGUGACAAAGUCCACGAGCUGGAGAAGGAGAACCUGCAGCUGAAAUCCAAGCUGCACGACCUGGAACUGGACCGAGACACAGAUAAGAAGCGAAUAGAGGAGCUACUGGAAGAAAACAUGGUCCUGGAGAUUGCCCAGAAGCAGAGCAUGAACGAGUCAGCCCACCUGGGCUGGGAGCUGGAGCAGCUGUCUAAGAACGCAGAGCUGUCAGAUGCCUCCAGGAAGUCGUUCGUGUUUGAGCUGAAUGAAUGUGCCUCCAGCCGCAUUCUGAAGCUGGAGAAGGAGAACCAGAGCCUCCAGAGCACCAUACAGGGGCUGCGGGAUGCUUCCCUGGCCCUGGAGGAGAACAACCUUAAGUGUGGGGAGCUGGAGAAGGAGAACCAUCAGCUCAGCAAGAAGAUUGAAAAGUUACAAACCCAGUUGGAGAGAGAGAAGCAGAGCAACCAAGACCUGGAGACCCUCAGUGAGGAGCUGAUCAGGGAGAAGGAACAGCUGCAGAGUGACAUGGAGGCCCUGAAGGCCGACAAGGCCAGGCAGAUCAAGGAUCUGGAGCAGGAGAAGGACCACCUUCACCGAACUGUGUGGUCGCUGCGGGAGAAGUCUCAGGCCAGCAGCGAGGCUCGUGGGAAGGAUGUCGAGAAGGAGAACAGGGCCCUCCACCAGGCGGUGACAGAGGCUGGCAGCAAACUGAGCCAGCUUGAGUCGGACAAGAAACAACUGCACAGGGACUUGGAGCAGGCCAAGGAGAAGGGGGAGCGGGCAGAGGCGUUGGAGAAGGAGCUGCGCCGGCUGGAGAAGGAGAAUGAGCAGCUGGCCAAAAAGGUGAGUUCCCUGAAGACAGUCACCGAGAAGGUCGAGGCUUUGGAGCAUGAAAGCCGAGGCCUGGAGCUGGAGAACCAGACGCUGAGGAAGUCUCUGGACACCCUGCAGAAUGUGACGGUGCAGCUUGAGGGCCUGGAACGUGACAACAAGCAGCUGGAUGAGGAGAACCUGGAGCUUCGGAAGAUGGUGGAGACCAUGCGCUUUACCAGUGCCAAGAUGGCGCAGAUCGAGCGGGAGAACCAGCAGCUGGAGCACGAGAAGGAGGAGCUGCGGAGGAACGUAGACCUACUGAAGGCGCUGAGCAAGAAGUCUGAGCGCCUGGAGCUCAGCUACCAGAAUGUGAGUGCCGAGAACCUGCGGCUGCAGCAGAGUUUAGAGAGCAGCGGCCACAAGUCGCAGGCUCUGGAGCGGGAGCUGAGCGAGCUGGAUGCCGAGCACCAGGCGCUUCGGCGAGACCUGGAGGCCCUGCAGCUCACCAACAAGCAGCUGGAGAUGGCUGAGAAGGACAAAAAGGCCCUGGAGCAGGAGGUGGCGCAGCUGGAGAAGGACAAGAAGCUGCUGGAGAAGGAAGCCAAGCGGCUGUGGCAGCAGGUGGAGCUGAAGGACGCCGUCUUAGAUGACAGCACUGCCAAGCUGGUGGCAGCCGAGAAGGAGAGCCGUGCGCUGGACAAGGAACUGGCCCGCUGCCGGGACGCGGCCAGCAAGCUGAAGGAGCUGGAGAAGGACAACAGGGACCUCACCAAGCAGGUUACCAUGCACACGAGGACGCUGACCACUCUGAGAGAGGACUUGGUGCUGGAGAAGUUGAAGAGCCAACAGCUGACCAGUGAGCUGGACAAACUGGGCCAGGAGCUAGAGAAGGUUGGGCUCAGCAAGGAGCUACUGCUGCAGGAUGAGAACAGCUACGGUGACACGAAAUACAAGCUUUUGGAGAGCAGAAAUGAGUCGACAUUAAAAACAGCACUGGCCAUGAAAGAAGAAAAGAUUGUGUUCUUGGAAGCCCAAGUGGAAGAGAAAGUGGGCCUGAACCAGCAGUUACAGAGCGAGCUCCAGACGGUGAAGGAAGAGCGGGACCAGCUCAGGAAGACCCAGGAAGAGGCAGCACACAUGCAGAACUCGCUUAAGCGACCUCUGGGCACGUCAGUCACCAGUCCCCAGGAGGAGGCCUGGGGCCCUGGCCACAAGGAGGCCACCAUGGAGCUGCUCCGAGUGAAGGACCGGGCCAUCGAGCUGGAGCGGAAUAACGCAGCUCUGCAGGCCGAGAAGCAGCUGCUGAAAGAGCAGCUGCAGCACGUGGAGACACAGAACGUGGCCUUCAGCACUCAGAUCCUGACGCUGCAGAAGCAGAGCGCCUUCCUGCAGGAGCGCACCACCACGCUGCAGACCCAGACUGCCAAGCUACAGGUGGAGAACUCCACACUGAGCUCCCAGAGUGCCGCGCUGGCUGCACAGUACGCGCUGCUGCAGGGCCAGCACACGGCCAAGGAGACGGAGCACGAAGGCCUGCAGAGGCAGCAGGAGCAGCUGGCAGCUGCCUACGAGGCCCUGCUCCAGGACCACGAGCACCUGAGCGCGCUGCACGAGCGCCAGUCCUCGGAGUACGAGGCCCUCAUCCGCCAGCACAGUUGCCUGAAGACGCUGCACCGCAACCUGGAGCUGGAGCACAAGGAGCUCAGAGAAAGGCACGGUGACAUGCUGAAACACAGGGCCGAGCUGGACGAGCUGGAGAAGGUGCUGACUGCUGAGAGGGAGGCCCUGCAGCAGGAGCAGAGGACGAAUGCUGUCGCCAUGGGCGAGAACCAGAGGCUGCGGGCAGAGCUGGACAGGGUCAGUUUCCUGCACCAGCAGCUGCAGGGGGAGUGUGAGGAGCUGCAUGCCCACACCAAGGAGCUGAAAACCUCGCUGAACACCUCGCAGCUGGAGCUGAACCGCUGGCAGGCGCGCUUCGACGAGCUGAAGGAGCAGCACCAGGCCAUGGACAUCUCGCUGACCAAGCUGGACAACCACUGCGAGCUGCUGUCCCGCCUCAAGGGGAACUUGGAGGAGGAGAAUCAUCACCUGCUGAGUCAAAUCCAGCUGCUGAGCCAACAGAACCAAAUGCUCCUAGAGCAGAACCUGGAGAACAAGGAGCAGUACCACGAGGAGCAGAAGCAGUACAUAGACAAAUUAAAUGCCUUACGGAGACAUAAGGAAAAACUAGAAGAGAAAAUCAUGGAUCAGUACAAAUUCUAUGAUCCUGCUCCAAAGAAGAAAAACCACUGGAUUGGAGCCAAAGCCUUAGUGAAAUUCAUCAAACCAAAGAAAGACGGUUCCAGAGAGCGAGUAAAGUCAACCACAGACAGCUCUCCCUGGCAGCCAGAGUCCACAGACCCUGCCUCACCGUCAGCCCCUCAGUCUCUCCGGUUGCAGCCGGAGAACCCCAACAGUCCCGCACUGGCCUCAAAUGGCACCGAAGAGCGUGACACUCACAACGGGCCUUCGGGGAAAGUGUCCUCUUCUGCCCCAGGCCCUGGGGAUCUAAAACCAAAGCGAGGGUCCCCACAUGGAAGCAGCCUGGACCAUACAGAGGGCUCUGCUGACCCAGCCAUGAAGUCCUGGCCCUCAGAGCUGGGCUCCCGGACCUGUUCGGCCUCACUGCUCACAGCACCUCCCUCCAGCUCCACUCCCGUCCCUCGGCACCCAGGUCGCAGCAAAGGCUACAGUUCGGAUGACAACCUCUGUGAGCCAUCCCUGGAGCCCGAGGGCACCCUGCACAGGCAGCACGUGUCUCGGCCCAGCAGCUUGGAGAGCAGCAGAAACGCAUCCAGCAACAGCUCGCCCUUGAGCCUCAAAGGUUCCUCCGACCAGCUCCACGGCUGCUCCGAGAGCUUCAGCAGUGAAGACCUGAUCCCUAGCAGGGACCCCAGCACCCUGGGACGCAGUGCCCUCACCCGCCAUGAGUACCCCCCACCCCGGAACGGACCUGUCCCCCAUGAGACUGCUCAGAAGAGAGCCCCAAUCACAGCUCAACCUGGAGUGCGGCCCUGCUCAGCCUCCCCCAGCAGUGAGAUGGUCACCUUGGAGGAGUUCCUGGAGGAGAGUAACCGCAGCUCCCCCACCCACGACACUCCCAGCUGUCGGGAUGACCUGCUCAGUGACUACUUCCGAAAGGCCAAUGAUCCCCCGGCCGUCGGAGGCCCACCAGGACCUCCUGCCAGGAAAGAGGGAGCCAAGAUGCCCACCAGCUUCGUGGCCCCCACCAUCAAGAUGGCCAUCAGCACCUCCGAGGGGAGGCAGCUAAAGCCCGGGCAAUAUGUGAAGCCGAACUUCAGACCAACUGAAGCAGAGGUUCCGGCAGGAGCCUCCCCGAGACAGGUCCAGCCUCCCCAGAGCCUGUCUCUGGGCAGACCCCGGCAAGCCACAGUGUCCCCUGCUUCCCACCCCGCUGCCAGCCGGAGUACAUCCCUGAGCCGCGCCUACAGCCUGGCCUCUGCCGACCUUCUCCGGGCCAGCGGGCCAGAGGCCUGCAGACAAGAAUCCCCUCAGAAACUGGGGGGUCCUGAGGCCUCAGGGGGCAGAGAGACAGGUAGCCUGCAGAGCCUCGCACCCCCCAGCUCCCACAGCCUGGUGCGGGAGCGGACCCCACUGGCAGGCAAGGCUGAUGGCUCCUGUGGACCCCACAGCCGGCCGCCAGAUACCAGGCGCUUCUCAUUGGCUCCCCCAAAGGAGGAGAGGCUAGCACCCCUGCAGCAGUCCGCCACAGUCCCAGCCCUGGCCACCGCCACGGGCGGCGGUGGCAGCAGCUCCCAGCUCCAGCACUUCUCGCCUGCUGCGGCCGCUGCCUCCAGGACCAAGCCCAAAGUGGCUCCACACUCAGGGGAAGUAGCCACCGUUGCCCCUGUCCGGGCUGGGCUCAGCAUCUCAGAGGGAGACAAGAACCCGGGGCAGGGCCACACCGAGGGGCUCCCGGCCAAGGGCCCUAGUAGGGUGCCUGACUCGGCUCCCCAUACCAGCCGGGGCCCUGAGGACUUCAGCCGUGGAGGCAGCUCGAAGAGCACCCCAGCGUCCCCAGAGCCAGGCGGGGACCAGCAGACGGUGUGGUACGAGUACGGCUGUGUGUGACUGUCUGGUGGGUCAGCAGCUCCCAAACCUUAAACUACUGACACACCUUCUGAUCCCGUGGCCUUUCCUCCUGUUUGUCUGUGGUGCCGGGAAAGGGUUUAGAAUGGAGAGAGGGUUCCCACGCAACUGUCCUAUUUGUCCUGUAGAUGAAAACACUGUGCCAAGUCCUAAGAGGAACUCUUCCAGGUGUGUGUCAUGUCUUCCACGUCUCCAGCAGCUGGAGUCCUUUGAACAAAUCCACUUAGAGGGGGACCACUUAGAAUGCAAUGAUAAAGCCCACUUUACCCACAGCAGACACUAUUUGAGUGGGCCCUGGUAGAACACUCAUUUUCAACCUGUUGACCUCCACAAAGACAUACAAGUUCACGCACACACCACGCUCACAGGUGGGCUCACCUGGUGGCUCUGGAAACCUCACUUCCCAGGGGAAGCCCAGACUUGCCAAAUUAUCAAGAUCUGGAGGGCCAUGAGCAGAGCUCAUCAGGAGCUGUUAAAAGCCAGCAGUAUUACCAUCCUGUCCCUGGGGUCAAAGCUGCCCUUCACCCCAGGGCCAAGGGAGCCUUCAAGCCAUUGUGGGUGGCUCUGGGCCCCUGACUCCCUCUAGCUGGCUCUUGGCCUCUGCAUGGUGGCUUCCAGGGGCCAGACUUCCCAGCCUUCUCUGUCACUUUUCUACAAACACUGGAUCCGUCAGGCCUGGGGCAUGCGGCAGAGGGGCGCCCCGACCCUGGCCCAGCAGGUGUGGCACACGGGGAAGCUGUCCACAAGCAAGGUGAUGCUUGAUUUGUGACGUGGCUGCCGCGCCCAGCUUCCCCCUUCUCAGAUGGGAUGUCGGUUUGUUUCUGAAUAACUCUGGAGUAGAAACCAAAUGUCUUUUUAAUAUAUUUCUUAAUGUGUGUAUACACUCGUAAAAUAUAUAUUCUUGGGGGGUCUAUUUAUGUUCUGUUUAUAGGGUUUUUCCUUCGUAUCAGGAAUCUUACCUGCUGCUCUGUGUAUUUGGUCAGAUUCCUGACAGUUUCCUAUUGUAAAGGUGCUUUUCCUGGGAUGGACUAAACCUAUUGACUUUUUCUUAAAGAUUGUUUUUCUCUUUUGAUUUAAUGGGCUGAGGAAGAAAUGAGACUUGAAUGUUGACAGGAUCCAUUGUAGGAGUAUUUUGGGUUGUAUUUAAAUAGCCAUUUGUUCUGGAACACAAGGGCAGGGUUGUAAUAAAGCAGAAUGGAAUAGAA